AUGGGUGAGCACACCGCUGCCAGCGUGAUUCUCCCCCUUAAAGGGGAGGCGGCAGCCAUCGAGACAGAGCUACUGAGGGACUACAGGUUCGGACAGCAGCAGCUGAUAGAGAUUUGGGGACAAGCGUGCGCCAUCGCUAUCACUAAGGCCUACCCUCUCAGCUCUCUAGCAAAGAAGCAGCCGACAGUGCUGGUGAUCUGCGGUCCGGAUCAAAACGGCUCCAUUGGCCUGGUGUGUGCCCGACACCUGCGCAUGUUUGAAUACGAGCCCACCAUCUACCACCCUCAACGUUCCUCUCAAAGUCUACACCAGGACUUCACAGUCCAGUGUGAGAAGAUGGACAUCCCUUUCCUCUCCUAUCUCCCUACAGAGGUGCAGCUCAUAAACGACGCCUACAACCUAGUGAUUGAUGCCAUGCUGGGCCCAGAGGCCGACUGUGCCAACAUUAAGGAGCCCUACUCUGGUAUUCUGGUCACCCUGAAGCAAAUCAAGACCCCCAUUGUCAGUGUGGAUGUGCCCUCAGGUUGGGAUGUAGAAGAACCGAGUCAGGAUGGGAUCAACCCAGACGUUCUCAUCUCUCUCACAGCACCAAAGAAGUGCGCCAUGAGUUUCUCGGGGAAGCAUUUCUUGGCCGGACGCUUCCUGCCCUAUGACAUCCAGAAAAAAUACGAGCUUAACCUCCCAGACUACCCUGGCACAGACUGUCUCCUAGAACUGUAACACAUGGGAACCAUAAGAGCCAGUGUGGCCACUCCUCGUUUUCAAACCCCUACGGUUAAUCUGUUCUCCGGUUUUGCAUUUUAUAGAUUGUUCAUGUGAUUUAAUGUUAAAAUCUCAGUUGUGUAGAUCAGGCUACGCCUUAGCCAAAUGUGCUGUUGAGCUACAGUAGAAGGAUAAUAUUUAGUAACUGUGGUCAUGUCUUUUUAGAGAAUGGCAUGAGGAGUUUUUGUGUCAGUCUACUUGUACAAGCUGUAGCAUUACACUGUUCACUGAUUACUUUGCAACAGAAAUGUCUUUUUCCACACUCGGCAAAGAAAGAUGAGUUUUCUACGAUGCCAGCCGCUGGAGAGGUUUUUUUUUUUUGUCUUUAGAACUUUUUUAAUGUUCAUGUUCUGAUGCUCUUUUUGUUUUUAUGUUUAACUUACUACUGAAGUGUGCUGCUGAGAUGAGUUAGUGCAAUCA